AUGCACAUCAAGGAGGUAGGAAUCCGGGGUUUCCGGACCUACCGGGAUCCUUGUGUCUUCCGCUUCUGUCCAGGCUACAACGUGAUCGUUGGUCUAAAUGGUUCUGGGAAGAGUAAUGUGUUGCUUGCCGUGAGCUUUGCGCUCGCUGAGACGCUCGAGCACGCCAACCGUAGCUGCUAUCUGUACCGCGGUGCCGAGUCAUCGGAGGACGACGACUUUACUGCUCACGUCGAAGUUGUAUUCGACGUGUCACGCGAUGUUAAUAUACAAUCGGUAAUCGACAAUAAGGACGAACUGCGUCUGAAACGCAUUUUUUCACGGUCGAAGGAUCUCUACCUGGUGAACGGACGUCAAAUGUCACGGAAGGAUUACCGACAGCUGAUUGAGAGCGUGAAACUGAUCCACUUCAGCAAACAAAGCGCAUCAUAUCGGAACGAUUUACAUUUUAUCGUAAAGCAGGGCGCAAUAGGGAAGAUUUGCAGCCUCAGCUCGGAGGAACGUUUGGCGGCGUUUCGCGAUGUUAUAGGCCACCGAUCGUUCGACUCAAAGAUAGAAGAGUCUAUGAAACUGCUCAAGGAUUACGAUGUCACUUUCAGCUCUGUUGACGCGCAACUAUCGCAAAUCCAGCGCAAGCUGGACACCCUCGACAUUCAGCGUGGCGCAAGCGAGGAGUGGUCUAAGCUCGAUGCUGAGCGACGCGUGCUCCAGGCAUCUCUAGUGCUGCUUAAACUAUCGCAGUUGCGAGAAAAUGCGUCUGCCCAAGAAACUGCGGAGUCGGAACUGUCCGCCAAAAUUAACGAAUUACAAGGGCGCGUCGACCUGCUUGAGAUGGAUGUCAGGGAAUCGCGUGGAGCACUGUCGAUCAUUGAAUCCGCGGAAGAAGCAGGAACUGCUAAUGCCGAACUUUCGUCGCUGGAGUCGUCCCUGGCAGAUGUGGAAGCGGAGUCCGCUGAGCUUCGCAAGGAGCUGGGUCUGCUCACCCACACCAAGGGUCAGCUUGAACGGGAGUUGGACACCCUGAACACCUCCUUGGAGUCGUCAGUUGCUGAGUUGGCGGGUGUUGAGAACGAUCAUGUGAAGGCGUCUCGUCGUAUCCAGGACCUUGAGACACAGCUGAGCGAUGUGAUGCAUCGUCAACACUCCUCCGACGAGAAGGUGAAAGAGCUGAUAGAGCGCUUGGAACAGCGCAAAUCAGAGGCACGCGAAUCUAUAAAAGAGUUCGAGUCGCAAAAGGCCACUCUUUCGUCUUCCUUAACGCGCUGCAUGAACGACCAGGAGCUCCUGCACUCCGAGAUUGCCAAGCUCAAGGACCUGUGCGCCGACAAGGCAGCACGCAUGGAAGAAUGUACAGCGUCUCUUGAGACAUCUCUUGAAACCAAGCGUAUAAAGCAGAACGAGUUGUCUGCGAGCGCUGCGAAGCAGUCGAACUUGCGUGUUCAGUACAGCGACGCUGAUAAGAAUUUCAGCAAGGUUGCAUUGUCACAAAAGACGACACUGGGUUUGGUGAAGGACUGGUUAGACAGUGAUGACUCAGCGCCUCAUCGGGAUAGUUAUGUGGGCGUGCUCAUUGAUCUGGUUACGGUGUCUGAUGCGUUCAAGCUUGCUGUGGAGCAAACGCUUGGCCCAAAGUUGUUUACUGUGGUGGUUCGCACUAUGAAGUGCGCUAAAUCGCUCAUCAGCCACAUAGAAAAGAGCGAAAGCCGCUACAGCAACAUCCGUAUCGUACCGCUUGACAUAUUUCCGAAGUCGAUCGACAUUAACGACAUGCAUCUGCCGAACUCUGUUGAUCGGGCAGAGGCGAUGCCGCUGAUGGAUUGCCUUACGUUUGACGACCACCUUAAGCCAUUGAUUCGAUCUUUGCUAGGUGACUUUUGCUUGGUUGAGAACGCCGAUGUGGCAUCGCGCAUAUCGGGCAACCGUGUUAACUGCGUGACCCCAGAUGGACAGGUGUUCUACCACCGCGGAUCGGUAUCUGGAGGCUAUGUGGACAUGAAGGAGUCCAUAUUGCGUUUGUAUGACAUAAUGAAGCAGGCGGGCGCCGAUUUGGCUGCAGAGGAUGAGCACGUCGCUCGUCUACAGAGCGAUCUGGAGUCCCUUGGCGAGGAGCAAACGAAGCUAGCCCAGCAACGCAACGUAUUCAAAUCGGAGCGUGCAUCGCUUCAGGAAAACCUGCGCCAGCUACAGAUAUCGUUGCAACAUCUCACUAGCCUCGAGGACUCAAUUCGCCAUAAACUUUCUGAUAACUCGACAGAACGCCUUUUGUACCAGAUAAAAUCUUGGGACGAGCAAAUCGAGGUUUACAAGCGUGCUGCGACGCCCUCACCUGCCGCUUUGGCUGAGCUUGCGUCACGCCAGUCAAGUCUUGAAUCUGAACUGGUUGCAUUGCGCCGGCAGAAAUGCACGCUUGAGUCUCGCGCUCAUGAGUUGCGCGAUAAUGUUUCGGUCCUGCAGGAUAAGCGCAAUGCACUGGCGAAACGCGUGAUCACCACCCUGCAGCUUCUGGAGGAUUACUCGGGCCACCUCCGCGACCUUGAGCAACGAUCCGCAUCUUUGACCCAGUCACGCGACUCCAUAGGGUCAGAAAUUCUGAAGGCGUCAGAGGAGCGCGAAAAAUCCCAGCGCCAGCUUGAUGAGCUGUGUUCGCGCAUCCACAAGCUGGAGACGGAACUUGCCUCCCAGAAGGCCGCUUUGGCUGAAGCAACUGCUCAACUCCGAGAUACAUCACAAACACUGUCAAGUAUCAAAAUCUCAAUUAAAGAGUCGGAGGACGAGCUGUCACGUCUGGAUCAGGCUGUCUUAGAAGAGGCCAAGCAAACCCCGGUUUACAACAAGGACGACCUCAUGUCUCGGCUUGCCGAAAUAAACAAACGCUGCUCGAAGUUCGAUCUGUCAGUCCGUGGAUGCUCACAGGACAGUGCCGCACUGCGCGCGGAAUUCAAGGAACUGCGCCAGCGCCAGGAGCGAAUAUCACGUUCCAAUGCGGCGAUUCUGAAGUCUAUCAGGGCUUUGAAGAGCCAGAAGGACAGUAACCUCGUCCAGAUGCUUAGCCAGCUGAACGACAAACUGUCGCAGACUUUUGAGGAGCUCGUGCCCGGAGGCCGUAUUCGUGCGGUCCUGCUCCGCAGAGAACUCGCUACCAGCGAGCCUUUGGCCCACGUUGCCGUGUGUCUGCCCGAGUGCUUUGUUGAGUCUCCAGAUGAGGAGAAAUUCACGGGUUUGGACCUGAAGGUGUCCUUCAGUGCCGGCUCGGAUGGUAUGCAGCAGUUGUACCAGCUCUCCGGCGGCCAGAAGACCCUGGUUUCACUUGCAUUUAUACUCGCCGCACAGCGCCUGCAAGCGGCCCCCUUUUACCUGCUUGACGAGAUCGACGCCGCACUGGACGAGGGAUACCGCGUCAACGUUUCGCGCCUAUUGGAGCGCCAGUGCCGAGAGGGGUCGCAGUGCAUUCUGACCACGUUCCGGUACGUUGCCCGCAUCGAUUUAUUAUUGUGUGUACACAGCCCCGAACUACUACACCCGGGAGAAGUUUUUUACGAGGUUUGCAACGAAGGCGGCGUCAGCGUGGCCCAUCGUGUGGGUCUGGAUGACGCCAUGUCCGUGAUAAGCCGGUGUACUCUUGCCAUUACCAAUGGCCCUGUUGAAUAA